AUGUGAUGUUUUAUCCCGCCCCGGAGCCAUAGGGGACUCCAAUCCCUCUAUUCACCUGAUUUACAACGUGUGGUCACUUGCCACCCUCGUGUAAUUAUUCACCUGACCACAUGCACCUCCACAGUAGAGGGCUCUGUAGGGUGUAGUGCUGUGCCAGAAGGUCCUUUUUUAUCGAUUUUUUUCCAGACCAAAACACUGCUGUCCACAUUUUGGUUACAUUUUUCGGUUGCGGCCAGUCGCAACCAUUAAUGACAGUGUCCGACCAGUAGCCACCGACCGGGGAUGCGGCUUUCAGUCGUAGCGUGAAUGGUGGUCAGUGUGGUUGAUGGCUCGUGGUGGACUACUGGUGGUGUUUGUAUCCUGCUUGUCAUUGUAACCAUAGUGCGAUUCACAAUGAGAAAAGCAGUUUCAUUUCAGCUGAAUGGUAAGGAUUGUGCACCGAGCUUAGGAUUACGCCACUCAGAGGGAGGAGGUGGUGGUGGAGGAUCAAGCAGCAGCGUUACCGAUCGCUCCAAGAAACCCUUCUCGAGACCAUUCAACAAAAGCCGACUGCAGCACGAAACGUCCGGACCCGUUGCCGGUACCACUGGUGGUCCACCAGCAGCGACAAGGAUGCCCUCGAGCACCGGAAGCAGCGGUUCGCCCCCGAGUGCGGCCGAUACCAAUGCCCUGAUCCGGCAGAACAAUGAGCUACGGCACCGGCUCCAGGAGGAAGCGAACAACUACCGGCGCCGGUUAGAGACGUACAAGCAGGCGCAAAACAAUCAAGCGGCCUUGGUUAGCCGGCUGCAGGCUAAGGUGCUGCAGUACAAACAGCGAUGCACGGACCUGGAACAGUUGCCUCCCACAGCUGGAAAUUGUGGCGCAGGCGGUAGUGGGGGUGGUGGUCGCUAUGGAGGAGGACCGGGAAGUCGUGAACCAUCGCCCGGUUCACGCCAUCCGCAUCAUCCACACCAUGCACCAUCGCCGCCGCCGCCACCACUGGCCGGGAGUGGUAUCUGUUCCGAUGGGGCCGGACCACUAAGCUUGCCCUCGGUGUGCCCGGUGGCACGUGAACGAGCACGAUCAAGAUCCCGGUCGCAAUCGCCGUGCCGGAAGUACUCCGAGGGAUCACACGACGAAAUCCGCCAUCAGCUCGACGAGGAACGACGACGUUGCGAAAAGUUGCUGGUCGAGAACUCCUGCCUGCGGCAGCAGUUGGAAGAGUCUCAUCGCACCAACGACGCAUUAACGAACGAUCUCCAGAAGCUUACCAGCGAUUGGGAAAGCUUGCGCGAUGAACUGUUGAGCAAGGAGGACGAAUGGAAGGAGGAAGAACAGGCAUUCAACGACUACUACAACAACGAACAUACACGACUCUUGAAAAUGUGGCGCGAAGUGGUUCAGGUGCGUCGCAUGUUCAACGAGAUGGCCUCCACCACCAAGAUGGAACUGGGCCGUAUGCAUCUCGAGCUGUCUGGUACGGUGCGCGAAGUUUCGGGUGCCUGUAGCGGAGUUUCAGUCAAUCUGAAACAAUCAUCCAAAUUUGAGGAGGCACAGCAGAUGCACAUUGAGCGGGAAAACAUGGAGCUCAAAUCGCAACUGUCCGAGCUGCGGCUCCAGUACGAAGCGGCCAGACAAGAGAUAGGCCAGCGUGACCAGAGGCUGCAGCAGAUGGCGCAGGACCUGAAGCUGCUCGACGAUCGCUACACGCAAGCCGACAGUCAGGCAGCCCAGGCACACCGCAUGAACGACGAGGUGGAGCGACUGCAGGCUGCCCUGCGCGACAUAGCCCACGCCGUGGUGCAGGACGCGGAAACGAGUGCAACGGCCGACUUGAGCUGCAGCGGCAUUGGCGGCGAAGGCCAGCAUCAUCUGCACCUAUCGCAGCCGAUCGUCUCACCUGGCGUGGCACCUCGAUCGCCCAAACGGUCGUCCGGUGGUGCUGGAGCUGGCGGUGGUCUACGGGCCUCACAAGCGUUCGCCGAGGGGACGAUAUCCGCCGUACAGGCCGCACUGCACAAAUACCAGCUAGCCAUACACGAUCUGCAGGUUAAGCUGCAGACGAACAACGACGCACUGAAGGCUUCGCGCAAGCAGUACGACGGAUGCGAACACGCGCGCGAUAUGCUGUCCGGCAAGGUGACGGAGCUGACCGAAAAGCUCGACUCGGCCAACCAUCAGCUCUCGGAACUGUACAAGGAACGGGACAGUCUGCAGAAGACGCUGGAUGGAUUGCGCACGGACAAGCACACGGUGGAACGUGGCAAGGCGGAACUGAACUCCAUUGUCGAUAGUUUAAACACCGAUUAUGAGAAGCUACAGAACGUCAACAGCAAACUGCAGAAGAUGUACGACGCGCUGGAGGAGGAGAAGAAGAUGACCGAGCUCGAAUUGCAGCGCGUGCAUAAAGAUAAGGACAUUCAGGAGAUGAAUUUGAGAGCGGAAGAAGAACGAUGCAGCCGCCUGCGGGAAGAAACCAUUACGCUUCGCGAAGAGCUAAACAAGCUCUAUCUUUCGCGCGACCUGCUCGAACAGCAACGCAUCGAAUCGGACGGACUGUUGAACAUGCUCGAAAAGCAAAAACUCGAGCUAGAGUUCGAGCUGGACCGCGUGACUGGCGAACGCAACGAGCUGCACGCCACACUGGAAAAGCGUACCAGCUCCAACGAACACCAGGAGCAGGAAAUUCGCCAGCUCAAAACGACCGUAGCCCAGCUGGACGAGGAGCGUAGCAAAUUGCGCGCCCAAUCCGGGGACCAGAGUGCAGAUUUGGCGUCCUUGAAGAAGGAACUAAUCAGCGCCGAACAGGCCCGCCUUGAUCUUGAUUCGGAAAAGCUAGCCAUUAGCGAACGGUUGAAGUGUCUCGAGAUGGAAAAGGACAAAAUCGAGGCGGAGCUUAGCUGUGUGGUUCGCGAGCGCAACGACCUCAGCAAUCAGCUGGCCACCAUUUCACGCAAGAAAGAAACCAUUGGCGAAGAGGUGAUGCGCUUACGGCAGCGGCUAGAACAAUCCAAUGAGAUGAAUGGGCGGCUGAAUCGCUCGCUUGAGGAGUUGGUGAAGGAGAGCGAAGAAAAGACGGUUACGAUUGAAGGACACGAGAAGGAAUUGCAAAGAUUGCAGGAGCAACUUGCCUCACUGCGCAGUGAAAAGGAGUCUUUGGAAGCCGUCCUUUUCGACACCAACACCUCGCUCGAAGAAGCCGAAGCCAAAAAGGACGCUCUGGAGCGAGAAAAUCAAGAUCUACUCAUCAAACAAGAGUCGCACAAGGCACUAAUCGCCCGGCUCAACAAGGACCUGGAGAACGCGGAACGUCGCGCCCAGGACAUCAAGAUCCAGCUGACGAAUGCUGCCGCCAAUCAGGAAGCCGAGUUCCUGCAGAAACUGUCCAACUUGCGCACAUUUAGCGAGGAAAAUAUUAAGAAGCUGAACGAUGAAAAGGAACAGAUCCGACAAACGUUGGAGAAGCGUAUGCAACAAUCGCUUCAGGCGUUGGAAAGCGCCAAAGAUGCCGAGAUUCGGCAGCUAAGGGAGCAGUACGAAACGCUGCAAAUGCAUCUAGAUGCAUUGAACCAGCAGCACGAGGAGGUGAUCCUGCGGGCGGAGAACGAAAAACAGCAAGCAUUAUUGAUUGCACACCGCGACAAACAGGCAGUGAUCGAAAAGCUGGAAGUUACGGCACGUGAACUGAAGAAUGAGCUGGAAAACGGUGACCGGUUGAAGCGUGAAAUGGCCGCACGGCAGGAGAAGGACCGUACCACGAUCGGGUGUCUGCGGGACGAAAUUGGCAAGAUGCGUACAAAGGCCGAAGAGGCACGCAUUCGGGCGGAAGAGGAAAUGAAUCGACUCGAGAUGAUGGCGGGAUCGUUACGCGAAGAGAAGGAUACGCUGAUCAAGGAUGCAGAAGAGCUUAAGGUGCAGCUGCGCCUUUCCGAGGACCGCAGUGAUGCACUCAACCAUCAGCUUCAAGAUACACAGCGCAAAUUAAAGGAAGCGGAAAAUAAUACGGAUGCCACGAGGAAGGACUUGACGGACACGAGACGGACGCUGGCAGAUAGCAACAUCGAGAGAGACAAGUAUGCCAACAGCAACAAGGAAUUGAGGGACCACGUGAAGCGGGUGGAGGAACAACGUCGGCAGCAGGCCCGCACUAUCGAAGAUGCAAUUGCUAAGAUUUCUUCACUGGAAGAAACGCGCAACGGCCUCGAGCAGGACAAGGUGCGCCUGCAGACGAUCCUCAAGGAAACGGAAACCAACGUCACCAAACUGAACCAGGAGCUAACGAAUGCUCAAUCGGACAUACAAAAGUUCCAAACCGACACCAGCCAAAAGGAUGCGUCGGAAAAGGAACUGCAGGCCCGGCUGGCCAACGAGGGCGAGGAAAAGGAACGGGUGCUGGCCGAGCUGCACCAGAUCAAGAAGCAGAUGGCCGACCUGGAGGGUACACUUUGCGCCACACGCCAGGAGCUUGGCCGUGCGCGCUGUAAAGCAAACCAGGACGAGCAUCGGUUCCACCAGCGCGAACAGGAGCUGUGUGCUCGCAACGAGGAGGGUCGUGGCCGUGAGAAACGGCUCGAGGAUCAGAAGCACAAUCUUGAGGUGUGUCUGGCCGAUGCGACACAACAGAUCCAAGAGCUCAAGGCACGCCUCGGAGGUGCCGAGGGACGUGUCCGUGCGCUCGACGAGCAGUUGGUGCAGCUGGAGUGUCAAAAGAAGGAGGUCGAGAACAAGCUCAGCUCGAUCGGACACACGCUGCGCCGUAUUGCGGGUAUCCAGAUGGAUGGUUCGGUCAGUUUGCCGUAUCGCCUAAUGAGUCCUUCGCGUCGCUACAGUCCGGCGCGUGGUGGUGGCGGUACCGGCGGUCGUUCGGAGAGUGGCGACUAUCCACCUGGGCACCAUCACCACCAUGGCCAUCACCAUCACCAUCAUCAUGGACACGAGACACGCAGCCUUUCGGGCGAGAAUGUGCUGAUCGAUGUCGAUCCGGAGAUGGUGCGCAAGGGCGUCCGUUCCUUGAUGCAGCAAAUCGCACACAUCGAGCGCGAGCGGGAUGAUUUCAAGGUGCAACUGUGCACGGCGCGCAAGCAGCUGCAGGAAGGCAGCGAUGCACAGCUGCGUCUGGAGACGAAGAUCAACAAACUGCAGCAGCACGUGCGAGCAGUCCACGAAGACAAGACCAAUCUGGAAGCUCGGUUAGCGCAGAAGACCAGCGCCUUACAAUCGACCGAGGAAACACUCCGCCAGAAGUCAGACGAGCUGACGGCUUUGCGCGAGAAGGCGGCUCAGCUAGAACAGUCGCUGACCAGCACAACCGAGGAACGCACACAUCUCGAGGAACGGUUGGACAAGUGCCGACAGGCAGGCGCUCGGCUUGAAUCCGACAAGCGCCAUCUGCAGGACGAGCUGGCACGUACGGAGGCACGUGCCACAAAGCUAGACCUGCAACGUGUCGCCCUCGAGGGUGACAUCCAACGGCUGCAAAUGGCGAUGCAGGAGAAGGACUGCACGUUGCGCAAUCAGCAGGAGCGGCUUGAAAACCAGCAGCGUUCGCUGACCCAGCUCGAGGAUCGCUGUGUCGCCCUCAAGAGCACAGUCGACCAACUGAAGGAGCGUCUGCAGGCAGCGGCCAUAACCGAAACGGAGCUGCGCGGUGAAAUAAGCGGCCUGCAGCGCCACAAUGCCGACCAAAGCCACACGUUCGCGCUGGGCCAGGACAAGCUUAAGCAGUUGCAGAAAACGCUCACCGGCAGCGAGAACGAGCGGCGCGUACUGGCCGAACGGCUAGAUGCGGCCCAGCACACAAUUAAUGAGUUGCGGCGCAACCAGCAGGCGGCACAGGACGGCACCACCCGGCUACAGGAGCAGUUGGCCGAGUGUGAGGUGCAGAAAUCGACCCUCGAGAGUCAACUGCGGCUAGCCAAGUGGAAUCAGGAGACGAGCGAACAGCUAGCAGCUACUGGAGGCAACAUGGGUGGCGGUGGAAACGGUUCCGGUGAUCAGGAGCUCGCCCGUCAGCUCAUCAGUUCGCAGCGUGAACGUAACGAGCUCCGUAACCAGGUGGAAGCGUUGAACGAGAAGAUCCGCACGCUGGAGCGCGACAAACGUCCGGCCGGAAAGUACGAUCGGUCCGAGAAGAAAUCUCUCGCCGGUGAGUACGAUUCGAACCGGAUUGACACGACGGCUUACAGCUGUGGUCUGGAUCACGCGCAGAUCGAACAGGAAGGACGUGAGCUACGCAUGAAGGUACGGCGCCUAGAAACGCUGCUGGCGGAAAAGGAAGCAGAGCUGGCUCGUUCGCGGGCGAAGCUGUUGGAGUCACCGAGCAAAGCCAGCAGUCUUGGCGGUGGUGGUAGCACUGGGGUUGACGUCGAACGCUACCGGAGUGCCCAGGUACAGGCAGAACGGUUACUAGACGCCCGGGAACAAUCGCACCGCCAGCAAGUCACACGGCUGGAGAACCAAAUCACGAUGCUAAGGGAACAGCUGGCACAGGAGGCAAAGCGGCGCCAGCAGUACAUAUUGCGCAGUUCACGUGCUGGCCGAGAGAUGCAACAACUGCGACAGACGAUCGGGGAAUCACUACGAAACGUGGCCCAGGAUCCACUCGAUACGGGUUUGCUCGAAAGUGAAGCACGUCGAUUGGACAGUGCCGUAUCGAUGAGCUUGCCACCAACUACCAGCCGAGGUAGAGGAGGAGACUAUGAUCGCAGUCUCAGCCCCACGUUCCGUUAACAGCCUAAUGGGGAGCGGUCUUCAGUACAUAAUAACACUGCCCUAACUGUUUAAACUGUUAAACAUCUUUUAGCGAUGCAGUCUUUUGAGAGAUGUUACGAGGAGUCUUUUUUGAACGACCGAUAGUCAAAUCGAAAAUUGACCAAUCGGACCACAUUUUAACCGCGAUUUCAACGUAACCGUCCAUUAAUUAUUAAUCGAAAAUAGCAUAUAGUAUGUCGCUUGAUGUAGAAUCUCUCGAUCUCCAGGUAGUUCACCUACAAUCCAUCCCAGUAAUGCAAGUGAUCGGUUUGGCUAGUCGGGAAACAAAACAAUCGAUCGAUCUCCAGGUAGUUCACCUACAAUCCAUCCCAGUAAUGCAAGUGAUCGGUUUGGCUAGUCGGGAAACAAAACAAUCGAUCGAUCUCAGACAGUCUAGUGCAAAGCUUUUAAAGUACGGUACGGGUACGAUAGCAAGAACGAGUAUCAGCAAAUAUUUCGCAAACGAACAAAUAUUUAGAAUAAGUUGUGGUAGCACAGUGGUGACCUAGGGGUAAAUAUAGCCGAUAGUGUCGUAACAAUUUCAUACUCUAACCGAAUAGUCAGGCAAACGAAUGAUGCAUUUAGUCAGCAUCCAGUACCACCCUAAUCCGAAUCAACUUCAUCGCUUUAACUCACAAUUUUAUCAAUCGACAAAGUUGUUCCUUUAGCAAGUAAGUUUUGCUCCGUGCGGACAUAAAUAUCAAUAAUUAGUGAAUCAUUUUCCACUGAAGGGGGAUGUCGUUCAUUUUAACACACACGAAAUAAAUAAAUUCAUUCUAUCAGUGUAAGCAAUUC